AUGGGGCGCCCGGGGAGGACGUUCCCCUCCCUGAUCUUCUUGCUGCAGGUCCUGGCCGGGCCGACCCGGACCAGCGAGAACUCCGAGUUCUAUCUGGCUGGGGACUACCUGCUGGGGGGCCUCUUCACCCUCCAUGCCAACAUGAAGGGCCCUGCCCAUCUCGACGUCCUGCAGGUGCCCAAGUGCGAGGAGUACGACCUGAAGGUGCUGGGCUACAACCUGAUGCAGGCCAUGCGCUUCGCGGUGGAGGAGAUCAACAACCACAGCAGCCUGCUGCCCGGCCUGCUGCUGGGCUACGAGAUAGUGGACAUCUGCUACCUCUCCAACAACGUGCAGCCCGUGCUCUACUUCCUGGCACAGGAGGACUACUUCCUGCCCAUCCUCGAGGACUACAGCGACUACGUGCCCCGCGUGGUGGCUGUCAUUGGCCCUGACAACUCCGAGUCCACCAAGACGGUGGCCAACUUCCUCUCCCUCUUUCUCCUCCCACAGAUCACCUACAGCGCCAUCUCUGACCAGCUGCGUGACAAGCAGCGCUACCCAGCCAUGCUGCGCACGGUGCCCAGCGCCAGCCACCACAUCGAAGCCAUGGUGCAGCUGAUGCUCCACUUUGGCUGGAACUGGAUCGUGGUGCUGGUGAGCAACGACGACUAUGGCCGGGACAACAGCCAGCGGCUGGGCGACCGGCUGGCGGAGGGCAGCGACAUCUGCAUCGCCUUCCAGGAGGUGCUGCCCAUGCCCGAGCCCGACCAGACGCUGACGCCCGACCAGCAGGCGCACCUGAGCCGCAUCCUGCUCAAGCUGAAGCAGACCACGGCGAGCGUGGUGGUGGUCUUCUCCCCCGAGCUGGCCCUGCAUGUCUUCUUCGACCAUGUGCUGCGCUGGAACAUCACCAACACCGUGUGGAUCGCCUCCGAGUCCUGGGCCAUCGACCCUGUCCUGUACAACCUCACCGAGCUGCGCCACACGGGCACCUUCCUGGGCAUCACCACCCAGAAGGUGCCCAUGCUGGGCUUCAGCGAGUUCCGCGUGCGCCGCGCUCAGGACGGACCGCCGCCCCCCAACAUGACCAGCUCGUGGGCCACCUGCAACCAGGAGUGCGACGCCUGCUUGAACAUCACCGAGUCCUUCAACACCAUCCUCACCAGCUCCGGGGAGCGCGUGGUCUACAGCGUGUACUCGGCCGUCUACGCCGUGGCCCACGCCCUGCACAGCCUCCUGGGCUGCACCCAGACCCACUGUGCCAAGGAGGUGGUCUACCCCUGGCGGCUACUCGAGAAGAUCUGGAAGGUCAACUUCACCCUCCUGGGCAACCAGAUCUUCUUUGACCAGCAAGGGGACGUGCCCAUGAGCCUGGAAGUCAUCCAGUGGCGGUGGGAUCUGCCACUGAACCCCUUCCCGAGCGUCGCCUCCUACUACCCCUCGGAGCGGCGGCUCAGGAACAUCCACAACAUCUCCUGGCACGCCCACAACAACACGGUCCCCACGUCCAUGUGCUCUAAGAACUGUGAGCUGGGACAGAGGAAGAGGCCGGUGGGCAUCCACCCCUGCUGCUUCGAGUGCAUCGACUGCCCCCCGGGCACCUUCCGCAACCAGACCUCAGAUGAGUAUGUGUGCCAGCCCUGCCCGAGCUCCACGUGGUCCGACAGGAAAGACACCUCCUGCUUCCAGCGGCGGCUGACCUUCCUCGAGUGGCACGAGGCACCCACCAUCUUCGUGGCCCUGCUGGCCGCCCUGGGCUUCCUCAGCACGCUGGCCAUCCUGGUCAUAUUCUGGUGGCACUUCCCGACGCCCAUGGUGCGCUCGGCCGGGGGCCCCAUGUGCUUCCUGAUGCUGGGGCCGCUGCUGCUGGCCUACGCCAUGACGUGGGUGUACGUGGGGCCGCCCUCCGUCUUCCGGUGCCUGUGCCGCCAGGCCUUCUUCACCCUCUGCUUCACCAUCUGCAUCUCCUGCAUCACCGCGCGCUCCUUCCAGAUCAUGUACGUCUUCAAGAUGGCCCGCCACCUCCCGCGGGCCUACGGCUUCUGGGUCCGCUACCACGGGCCCUACGCCUUCGUGGCGCUCAUGACGGCCAUCAAGACGGCCAUCGUGGUGGGCAACAUGCUGGGCACCAGCACCAACCCCACCGUCCGCUCCGACCCCGAGGAUCACCACGUCAUGAUCGUCUCCUGCCACCCCAACUACCGCAACGGGCUGCUCUUCAACACCAGCAUGGACCUGCUGCUGUCCGUGGUGGGCUUCACCUUCGCCUACCUGGGCAAGGAGCUGCCCACCAACUACAACGAGGCCAGGUUCAUCACCCUCAGCAUGACCUUCUCCUUCACCUCCUCCGUCUCCCUCUGCACCUUCAUGUCGGUGCACGACGGCGUGCUGGUCACCAUCAUGGACGUCUUGGUCACGGUGCUCAACUUCCUGGCCAUCACCCUGGGGUACUUCGGCCCCAAGUGCUACCUGAUCCUCUUCUACCCCGAGCGCAACACCACGGCCUACUUCAACAGCAUGAUCCAGGGCUACACCAUGCGGAAGGACUAG